CUUAAAACAGCUGAGAGUUGCAGAGAAGAGGAGCUGGUUCGGGAUGGGAACCACUGAUGCCACCCACGCCUGUGAAUUGGGGUCCUUGGGACCAGGAGAGAUGCCUGCAGCUGUGAAGUGGAAUGCCAUGGCCAGUUCCUCGGACAGUGAAGACGAUGGUUUCAUGGCUGUGGAUCCAGAAGAUGCUGUGGUCGAAGGGACAAUGGAGCAAGACAAUGAGCUGCAUGCUGAGCUGGAGAUUGAGGAGACCAGGCAUAACAGAUCAAUGCUGGAGCUCCCAGAAGAGGUUUUGGAAUAUAUCCUCUCUUUCCUUUCACCAUAUCAGGAGCACAAAACUGCUGCCCUUGUCUGCAAACAGUGGUAUCGACUAAUAAAAGGUGUGGCCCAUCAGUGCUAUCAUGGCUUUAUCAAAGCAGUGCAAGAAGGAAAUAUCCAGUGGGAGAGCCGCACUUACCCCUACCCUGGCACCCCCAUCACACNNNUUUUUUUUCUAGGUGCGUGUUACUAUGACGCUAACCAGUCGAUGUACGUGUUUGGCGGCUGCACGCAGAGCAGUUGUAAUGCCGCCUUCAAUGACCUCUGGAGACUUGACCUCAACAGCAAGGAAUGGAUCCGGCCCCUGGCAUCAGGUUCGUAUCCCUCGCCCAAGGCUGGGGCCACGCUGGUGGUCUACAAGGACUUGCUUGUGCUUUUUGGUGGGUGGACGAGGCCGAGCCCUUACCCUCUGCACCAGCCAGAAAGGUUCUUCGAUGAAAUCCAUACGUACUCACCCUCUAAGAACUGGUGGAACUGCAUUGUGACCACCCAUGGUCCCCCUCCCAUGGCAGGACACUCCUCCUGCGUCAUUGAAGACAAAAUGAUCGUCUUCGGGGGUUCGUUAGGAUCGCGGCAAAUGAGCAAUGACGUCUGGGUGCUGGAUCUUGAGCAGUGGGCUUGGUCCAAGCCCAACAUCUCUGGGCCCAGCCCUCACCCACGAGGUGGCCAGUCUCAGAUCGUGAUAGACAACGAAACCAUUUUAAUCCUCGGUGGCUGUGGUGGUCCCAAUGCACUGUUUAAAGAUGCCUGGUUACUGCACAUGCACGCGAACCCCUGGACGUGGCAGCCCCUCAAGGUGGAGAACGAAGACCACGGAGCCCCGGAGCUGUGGUGCCAUCCAGCCUGCAGGGUGGGACAGUGCGUUGUGGUCUUUAGCCAAGCUCCCAGUGGGAGAGCCCCACUCAGUCCCAGCUUGAACUCUCGCCCCUCUCCCAUCAGCGCCACGCCGCCCGCCCUGGUCCCCGAAACGCGGGAAUACCGCUCUCAAUCUCCUGUCAGGAACACGGACGAGGCUCCCUGCGUCAAUGGCCGCUGGGGCACCUUGCGACCCAGAGCACAGAGGCAAACCCCUUCGGGAUCCCGGGAAGGCAGCCUCUCCCCAGCCAGAGGGGACAGUUCCCCUGUACUCAACGGUGGGAGUUUAUCUCCCGGAGCCACGGUGGCCGGGGGUGCCUCCUUGGACAGCCCUGUGCAGCUCGUAUCGCCCAGCACGCCUUCUGCGGCUGAAGGAUAUGACCUGAAAGUGGGGCUUGCCCUGGCCCCACGACGGGGAUCACUGCCGGAACAGAAAGACCUGCGUUUGGGAUCCGUCGACCUGAGCUGGGACCAGAAACCGGCUUCCAUCAUCUGCCAGAUGGAUGGUGUGGAGGGCAGGACAGUCGGUGUGAGCGUGAGGAACCCCCCUGAGCAGACCAACGGCAUUCACACGCCGCCCCACGUCACCAGCUCCCUCCCGGGGGCCGUCUCCCCCGGCGCUCUCCGGAGGAGCUUGGAGGCCGUCAAAGCCCUCUCUUCCAAAGGCUCCUCAGCUUCUGCAGCGCUGAGCCCUCCCCUGGCUUCUUCCCCGGGGUCCCCAGGUGCUGAGACGGGCUCGGCGGCACGUCCGGGCUCUACCCAAGGCGACGGCCAUUCCUUACCUCCCAUCGCCCGCCGCCUGGGCCACCACCCUCCCCAGUCCCUCAACGUGGGGAAGCCUUUAUACCAGAGCAUGAACUGCAAACCCAUGCAGAUGUACGUGCUGGACAUUAAAGACACCAAGGAAAAAGGACGAGUCAAAUGGAAAGUGUUCAACAGCAGUUCGGUCGUGGGGCCACCUGAAACCAGUUUACACACAGUGGUGCAAGGCAGAGGGGAAUUAAUCAUAUUCGGUGGCCUCAUGGACAAGAAACAAAACGUGAAAUACUAUCCCAAAACAAAUGCCUUGUACUUUGUGCGAGCAAAAAGAUAAUGCGGCCCGAGCCCUUCGCCGCCAUCACCUUCUCCCCUCCCUCCCCAUGGCUCUUCCCUCUCCUUCCCAAGCCCUUACUCUGUCACGCAGGCGUUCAAACUGUGAAUUAGGGAGCAAGAAACCAAUAAAGUCCAAGCAAAACCUCCAGCGCUGCCCCGCCGGUUCCCAGUAAGACCCCAGUAAAGCAAAUGGUGUUUACGGGCAGGGAAGGACCUGUGCCCCUGCCAUCCAAGCCAAGGAUUUGGGGUGAGCAGGUAGGGAAAUCUGCCAUCCAGUAUACUCUUGAGAUUGGUUUUAUUUUCCAGGGGUCUUGAGAGGCUUCGUAUCUCUCUGAAAUUCCUCAUGGGAUGUGAGUAAAAGCGGUUUUAUAUGAAAAAACCCAAAUACUGGCAGGGAAGGGGCUGUUAGCUUGCGCGCACUGAUUAUUUCCAUGCUUGACUCCGUAAGGAAAACAACAGCAAUACCCCACCAGGAAUCUUCCA